AUGGCGCCACAGGACUACAGCACAGAAUUCUUCAAUGUUACUCAGCCAUACGAAUUUGUGGCAGUUGUGGAAGUCGAUAGGCAGCGAAAGCUCAAUGCAUACACAGAAAAGAUGUUCAAGGACAUCGGCGCAAUCUUCUCGAAGCUGUCCGUAGAUCCAGAUGUACGCGUGAUCAUUCUGACGGGGGCUGGGGAUCGUGCCUUCACAGCGGGCCUGGACGUAACAGCGGCGGCAGAGGGGCCUCUUACUGGUGAUGGCAUGAAAGGACAAGCACCUGAAGACACUGCCCGAAAAGCCUGGAAGCUUCGAAGGCAUAUUAAGGAAGUCCAGAACCCAGUCACAGAGAUCGAAAAGUGUGAGAAACCAGUCAUUUGCGUUAUGCACGGCAUCUCCUAUGGCGCGGCUAUCGAUAUAUCAACAUGCUGUGACAUCAGGAUAUGCUCGAAAGACACCAGAUUCUCCGUCAGAGAAGUUGCGAUAGGUCUCGCAGCAGAUGUAGGCACCUUGACCCGACUUCCUCACACACAAGUACCGAUGAGCUGGAUCAAGGACAUUUCCCUCACAGCAAGAGAGUUCGAUGCACAAGAAGCCUUGACUAUGGGCUUUGUGUCCGGCGUCUUUGAUUCCAAGAAAGCUGCUUUGGAUCGUGCCUUUGAGCUUGGGAAGGAUAUAGCAGCCAAAAGUCCUGUUGCUGUACAAGGAACGAAAGCUGUCAUCAACUAUUCCCGAGACCAUUCAGUCGAAGAUGGGCUUGAUUACAUCGCAGUAUGGAACGCUGCCAUGUUGCAAACGGCUGACGUAAAAGACGCAUUGCUAUCAGGGCUGGGUAAGAAUAAAAGGACGCCAACAUUCCAGAAGCUGUAA